GGGCCGAGGCUCCGUUCAUUCAUUUCGUUUCUGUCUUUUGUGGCGAGCAGGCGUGUUUCGAGCGGACUUCCCUCCACGGUGCAGUGACAGUGAUCCAAACAGCUUUUGGCUAAAAAAAGGGGAGAGCAAAUAUAAAAAACAGCGAAAUUAGCUGGUUAGCUGGCCCCUCCAGCCGUUCCAAGUGCUUUAAUAGUGAAACACGCAUUCGCACACACGCACACCCGCACACACACACGCGGUCGAAAACGUUCGCCUCAUACGCUCUCAUAUGUAUCUGUGUGGUGGUGCUGCUGGUAAAAUUCCACUGUGAGACGAAAGGAAGUUAUUGUUGCUGCCUCUGUGUAUUAUUAAAACAAAUAAAUUUCAUAAAAGCUGAAAACGUGUAAACAGCCGAAUAAAAAAGCAAGCAAACAAAAAAUAAAAAAUAAAGGCGAACAAGAAGUGCCGCGCCAUCACGUUUUUCGACAUUAUUUGUUUUCUUUCUUUUUCGUGCAUUAUUUUCGCACUCGCACUCGCUCUCGCUCUCUCCAACAAGUGCACUUUAAUUGAUGUCCCGAAAUAGAUUUGUGGCUGCUGCUAGCUAUUAUAUGAAAAAAAACAAGCCAAGGAGAAAAUAACUCGUCGUUAUCGUCGUUAUCGCCGCACCAAUACAGACAAACGCGAAAAACACACACACACAUACACACCUACAGACACAUACAGAGACACGCUGAUAAGCGAAAAGAGUAAACAGCCAGAGCUAUCAGUAUAAUUCCACUCGUUCCAACAUAAAUAUAAACACCCUCCGAAAUGCCAUUCUAAAUUUGAAACUAAAGUCCGGGCCGUGCAACAACCAAGUGUGAUACCACGAAAAAAACCAAGUACCUACAAUUCAGCUGGAAGAGGAGCCACAGCCAGUGCCACAGCCAGUGCCGUAUUUCGCCGGAACCAAUUCGCCGCGUCGGACAACCAACCAACCUGUUUGCUCAGCCAUAUCAGCCAUAAUUCGCCGCGGCGUUUGGUUUGUCUUCCUGAAUUUUCUGCCGUGACGUGAGGAGCGAACCACUUCCACCAUUCCACCGCUAUUGCAACUGCUGCAGCCAGCGACGACGUCGACCCAGUCACAGUUCCCCCAAGUCACGGUCCCCCAAAGCGGAUUCCAGGGCGCCACCGGGAGCGGGGAGAGGAGUGGGAGUGGGAGUGGGAGCGGAUCGAGGAGCGGGAGCAGGAGCAGGAGCAGGAGCACCAUCAAAAUGGAGCCCUAUUGGAGCGAGGCCAACGGCCAUGCCGCACAUCCGGUUAAGUAUGAGAGCGAAGCAGCUGUCUCCAGUUUUCCUUAUUGCACAGAAUCUAGUUUAAAUUUUUCAACAUCCGCCACGGCAUACAGCGAGGACGAUGCUGAAUAUGCCACCGGAAGACGUAAUAAAACAUCGAGGCAAGAUCCACUCUCCCACCGCAUCAUCGAGAAGAGGCGUCGCGACCGCAUGAACUCCUGCCUGGCGGACCUCUCCCGCCUCAUCCCGCCGCAGUACCAGCGCAAGGGGCGCGGCCGCAUCGAGAAGACGGAGAUCAUCGAGAUGGCCAUCCGGCACCUGAAGCACCUGCAGAGCGAGUGCCAGCAUAAGGAGAGUGACUACCGCAGCGGCUACAUGGACUGCAUGAAGGAGGCGGCCAAGUUCCUCUACGACAUCCACAUGCAGGACUUUUGCCACCGCCUGCUCGGCCGGCUCCAGGAGCACAUCGACGAGAUGUUCAAGACGGACUGCUACAAAUCGACGCGCAGCUGCCAUAUGCCGGACAAUGUGAGCGCCUCCAGCGGAAGCCCCCACCAGGCGUACCAUCCGCCGCUGUGCCACCUGCGGGACAUGCUCGGAGCCGCCUCGGCCUCGGACGUGGAGCACAGUCAGGACCACAAUGACGUCAAGGACCUGAGCUUCCGCAACCACCUUAACCAGCUGCAGAGGAGUCAGGCGGCGGCAGCUGUGGCCGCAGCAGCCGUAGUGGGUGCCACGGCUAACGGGGGCUCCCCAGUAGCGAGCGGGGGAUUGGACAAAUUGCCAAUGUCUAACGGAGGCUCUUCCAGUGGAGGACCAGCCGAUAAUCUGCCGAGCAACUCCACGGCCACCGGGGCUCCUGGGGCCCCCAAUGGUAAUAGCAACGGAAGUAGUGGCGGCAGCAGCAGUAGCAACGCCGCCAGUUCCACCACCCCAGCAGCUCCCGUUCCCACUCCUAAGGCCACGCCUAUGGCCGCCCACCAGCAGCAACCCCACCAGGCUCCGGUAAUCACCUCGACGGCACCCCAUCACCACCACCUCCACACCCAGGACAGCAGCCACCACGACUUCGAGUCCUCGCGAGAGCCCAUUCUACACACAGACACCUCCAACAUGCACUCGCCGCCCCCGCGGGACCUACUCCUGCAACAGCACCCCCACCUGGCCCACAGCCACCACACCCAGGACAGCCUGCUGUCGGUGAGGAUGCGCAACUACUCGGAGUCCUCGCACGAGGUGGAGCACAACAACAACUACAAGUACAAAAACCACAUCAAGGAGCGGUUCGUGCAUGAGUUGCACGACGAGGAAACCAGCAGCGAGCACUGUCCGGUGGCGCCACACCUGCAAAGCGACCAUUCCCAUAUGCAGGCUCUGUCGGAGCACUCCAAGGAUGGAACGGAACCCGAGAUCGCACCCAUUAUGGCCAAGAAAAGGAAGCUGGCGGAGGCAGCCGCGGCGGCCAACGGGGAGAUCCCCCUAGAAGUCCACACCGAUUCGAGCAACGCUGCUCCUAGAAUUGACAAGCCCUCGCCGUCCUCCUUCAACUUCAGCGACCUCAAGGACAUCAAGUCGGAGAUACACAACGGAAACUCCAACUCGAGUCCCCUCAUGGCCAAGUUGGCUGCCGGAGCCCAGCUGAGCACGCCGAGUAGCACUACGGCGCCCCUGCCCCCGCGACACUCCUUUACGGUGCCCAUCUUCGCGCUUCACGGGCAGGGCAACUACUAUGUGCCCCUGAACGUUGACUACAAUGCCCUGGUGCCCUUCCUAAACGGAAUGGAUCUGCUGGAGAAGAGCUACACCAGCAUGCCAGUGGUGCACCCGAUCAACAUCAAUGUGAACUUCAUGGCCAGCACCCCGUCGGCCUCUCUGCUGGCUGCCGCAGCCGCUGCCGCCGCCGUAGCAGCCGGAAAGCAACAGGCGGUGGUGGCCGCUGGAGGAGCUGGUGUCCCACUCUCCACGAGUUCGGCCGCUGCCCAGGCAGCCGCAGCAGCCGCCGCCGCAGUGGCUAAGGCCAAACUAGAGCAGGCCAUCAACCAGGGAUGGUGAAGUGGAGCGGCGGCGUCACCAGAUGGAACAACUCUACCUCAGUACUUCUGUGAAUAAUCAUCAAAUGAUUAAUCUCAAAACAAGAACACUAGAAAAAUGAUCGUGGAAUGUCCUUGUGGAAGCUCAAGGCAGUGUUUUUUAAAAUAUAUUUAUGGUGUUCUGCGUCCAAGUUAUUAUUACAUUUUAAA